UACAACUUUGGAUCAUCCGCUCAUCCCGCAGUUCGGUGGCGUCAAUAUAAGUAGGAUGUAACUUGUGAUACCAAGGACGCUUCCAUUCCGCUUUACAUUCAACACCAACGGACUAACUAUGGCUUCUGACACCAUUGCCAUCUUCAACUACUUACUCGCUCCACCUGACGGCUCUCGGCCUUACAAUAGAGUCUAUGCAGAUAGCGCUACGGGAAAGCCAGCCCGCAACUGGGUCGAGGACCCGCAUGAUAUGCCAGUCGAGGACGUGCGCGGGAAGGAGGAACUUUACAAGCUUGACAAUGCUGGAUUUCAGUAUGGGCGAGAAGCGUCAAAGUUUACUAGCUUCUUGAAUGAUGAUGAGAUUGAGCGCGAAUACUACCCUGAGAGCAUCGACCUCAUCAGGAGGGUCACGGGAGCAACCAAAAUUGUCAUCUUCGAUCACACUAUUCGUCGCCGUCGCCCAGGCGAAUGGAUAACUUUAACCCGCAGAAACGUCAACCCGUCUCCCGGGUUCGCGCAGACCCAAACGCCUGCGGCGUCCAUUGGUCGUGUUCAUAGGCACCUCCCGCCAACAGAAGCUCCUUCCCUCCUUCGCAGACGCUUCCAAAUCAUAAACCUUUGGCGUCCUAUAUCGCAUGCAGCUAAAGACUUUGUGCCUGUCGCUCAUAUAUACCCUGACCGCGAGGGUGAGACAUUUGGAGUCAAAUACAACCCAAACCACCAGUGGAAAUAUAUGAAGGCAAUGACCCCAGAAGAGUAUGUUCUUAUCAAAUGCUCUGACUCGAUACAAGAUGGUAGUACCCCGAACACUCCAGAGGGAACGCCGCCUCGGGAAUCCAUCGAGCUGAGAGCUCUGGUGUUCUAUGAUUAGAACA